GCGGCCUCCGGCUCCCUGCGCGGGCCAUGCCGGCGCCCGUCCUUUGCCAGAGCUGCGGGGCCGGCCGCGCAGCCCUGCGCCGCCCCAAGACGGGCCAGGCGCUGUGCCGCGAGUGCUUCGUGGCGGCGUUCGAGGCGGAGGUGCACGGCACCAUCGUGGCGGCGCGCCUCUUCCAGCCGGGCGAGACGGUGGCGGUCGGGGCGUCGGGCGGCAAGGACUCGACGGUGCUGGCCCACUUGCUGCGCCUCCUCAACCAGCGCCACGGCUACGGGCUGCGCCUGCUGCUGCUCUCCGUCGACGAGGGCAUCGCCGGCUACCGGGACGACUCCCUGGACGCCGUGCGCCGCAACCGGGGCCGCCUGGGGCUGCCGUUGCACGUGGUCUCCUACCGGGAACUCUACGGCUGGAGCAUGGACCGCAUCGCCCGCCACGUCGGUCCCAAGAACAACUGCACCUUCUGCGGCGUCUUCCGGCGGCAGGCGCUCGACCGCGGCGCCGCCUUGCUCGGGGCUGACAAGAUCGCCACCGGUCACAACGCAGACGAUGUCGCUGAGACAGUGUUGAUGAAUUUCCUCAGAGGGGAUGUGGGCCGGCUGCGGCGCUGUGCGGGGAUCCUGACCGGCAGCGAGGGGGCCUUGCCACGGUGCAAACCCCUGAAGCACGCCUACGAGAAGGAGAUCGUGCUGUACGCCUACUUUCAGGGCCUGGACUACUUCAGCACUGAGUGCGUGUAUGCGCCCAAUGCUUACCGUGGCCACGCCCGCACCCUGCUCAAAGACCUCGAAGCCAUACGGCCCAGCGCCGUGGCCGACCUGGUGCACUCGGGCGAGCGGCUGGCGGUGCGUGAGGACGUGCGUAUGCCCACCCAGGGCACCUGUCAGCGUUGCGGCUACCUCUCAAGCCAGCCCCUCUGCAAAGCUUGCGUGCUCCUGGAAGGGCUCAACCGGGGCCUGCCUCGGCUGGGAAUCGGCAAGCCCAGCCGCAUGCAGAAGGUUCUGACGGAUGCCGAAAAGCCAGAGGUUGGCUUCCGAGAAGACUCGCAGCAGGCCAGCCGAGCCAUUAGGACCGUAGACUUCUGAGCUUACGUUUUUCCUUUCUUGGAUCCCCAGACUAGUGUAGGUGUUGCCAUCGCCAAUUACAGAGGAAAGGCCUCUGUGCCCGAUGCAACAGCUCUGCAGCUGGUGGGUGCAGAGCAGGGGUGCAGCCGGUAAUACAGAUCCGUACUGUAUGAGAGCCCUUUGCUAUGGUCAAAGAGGAGCCAGGAAAUGCAAAAAAAAGUCACUUCUUAUCACCAUAUUAAACUUGAGUAUUGAUCAUCACCCCA